AUGGGCCGCCACCCACCCAGCCACCACCACCCGGCCACCGCCUACCCAGCUCCCGCAACCCGGCCACCACCCACCCAGCCCCCGCCACCCGGCCACCACCCACCCAGCCCCCGCCACCCGGCCACCACCCACCCAGCCCCCGCCACCCGGCCACCACCCACCCAGCCCCCGCCACCCGGCCACCGCCCACCCAGCCCCCGCCACCCGGCCACCGCCCACCCAGCCCCCGCCACCCGGCCACCACCCACCCAGCCCCCACCACCCGGCCACCGCCCACCCGGCCCCCGCCACCCGGCCACCGCCCACCCAGCCCCCGCCACCCGGCCACCACCCACCCAGUCCCUGCCACCCGGCCACCACCCACCCAGCCCCCGCCACCCGGCCACCGCCCACCCAGCCCCCGCCACCCGGCCACCACCCACCCAGCCCCCGCCACCCGGCCACCACCCACCCAACCCCCGCCACCCGGCCACCACCACCCGGCCCCCGCCCACCUGGCCACCACCACCCAGCCCCCGCCACGCGGCCACCGCCCACCCAGCCCCCGCCACCCGGCCACCACCACCCGGCCCCCGCCCACCUGGCCACCACCACCCAGCCCCCGCCCACCCGGCCACCGCCAACCCGGCCACCACCACCCGGCCACCACCCACCCAGCCCCCGCCACCCAGCCCCCACCACCCGGCCACCACCACCCGGCCCCCGCCACCCGGCCACCACCACCCGGCCCCCGCCCACCUGGCCACCACCACCCAGCCCCCACCCACCCGGCCACCGCCAACCCGGCCACCACCACCCGGCCACCACCCACCCAGCCCCCACCACCCGGCCACCACCACCCGGCCGCCCCCCACCCAGCCCCCACCACCCGGCCACCGCCCACCCAGCCCCCACCACCCGGCCACCACCACCCGGCCACCGCCCACCCAGCCCCCGCCACCCGGCCACCACCCACCCAGCCCCCGCCACCCGGCCACCACCCGGCCGCCCCCCACCCAGCCCCCGCCACCCGGCCACCGCCCACCCAGCCACCACCACCCGGCCACCGCCCACCCAGCCCCCGCCACCCGGCCACCACCCACCCAGCCCCCGCCACCCGGCCAACACCCACCCAGCCCCCGCCACCCGGCCACCACCACCCGGCCGCCCCCCACCCAGCCCCCACCACCCGGCCACCACCACCUGGCCACCGCCCACCCAGCCCCCGCCACCCGGCCACCGCCCACCCAGCCAGUCUGCUAA